GCCGCUCCUCCUCUUUCCUUCUGGUCAUGAGGGAGGCUUAAGAUGGCGGCCUCCAUGGCGCUUCCGCAUUCUGCCUCUGCAGCAGCAACAGCAGCAGCAGCCCUUGUUUUGCUCAGCUGCUGUGCUUCAGCCCUUGGCGCUGGAGGAGCCCAGGAGCAGGCAGAACAAUUUUUCAGAAGUGGGCAUACUAACAACUGGGCGGUUCUGGUAUGCACAUCACGAUUCUGGUUUAACUACCGGCAUGUGGCCAAUACUCUUUCAGUUUACAGGAGUGUCAAGAGACUGGGAAUUCCUGAUAGCCAUAUAGUUUUGAUGCUGGCAGAUGAUAUGGCCUGUAACCCGCGAAAUCCAAGCCCAGCUACUGUUUUUAGUCACAAAAACAUGGAACUGAAUGUCUAUGGAGAUGACGUAGAAGUGGAUUACAGAAGCUAUGAGGUUACUGUGGAAAAUUUUUUGAGAGUAUUAACAGGCAGAAUCCCAGCAAGUGCACCUCGCUCAAAGCGUCUUCUUUCUGAUGACAGAAGCAAUAUUCUGAUAUAUAUGACAGGUCAUGGUGGGAAUGGCUUCUUGAAAUUUCAGGAUUCUGAAGAAAUCACAAAUGUAGAACUUGCAGAUGCCUUUGAACAAAUGUGGCAGAAAAGGAGGUACAAUGAGUUACUAUUUAUCAUUGACACAUGCCAAGGUGCAUCCAUGUAUGAACGGUUUUAUUCUCCCAAUAUAAUGGCUUUGGCAAGUAGCCAAGUUGGAGAAGACUCACUUUCGCAUCAACCAGAUCUUGGAAUUGGUGUGCAUUUGAUGGACAGGUAUACAUUUUAUGUCUUGGAGUUCUUGGAAGAGAUUCAUCCAGCUAGCCAGACCAAUAUGAAUGACCUUUUUCAGGUGUGUCCUAAAAGUUUGUGUGUGUCUACACCUGGACACCGGACAGACCUUUUUCAGAGAGAUCCUGAAAAUGUCCUGAUUACUGACUUCUUUGGGAGUGUACGUAAAGUGGAGAUUACAACUGAGAAGAUUUCUCUGGAUCCUAAUUUAGCUCCUGAGGAGAUCAGGCAUGUGGAGGAGGAAAUAGCAGUAGAGCCAUUGAAAUAUGCAGAACAGCUUCCAGUAGCACAAAUAAUACACCAGAAACCAAAACAGAAGGACUGGCAUCCUCCAGGUGGCUUUAUUUUAGGCCUGUGGGCACUCAUUAUCAUGGUCUUCUUUAAAACCUAUGGAAUCAAACACAUGAAACAUAUCUUCUAGAACUUCAGAGCAACCAAAAUGCCUCGACUGAACUGCAUUCUUGAAUGUAAAAUACAUUUUUAAUGUAUAAAGGGUGUUGAAAUCUUCUACCUGAAAGCUCUUGUUUUGUCACCUUUUGGUUCCACUCUGUUAUGCUCUUCACAGUUUAUGUCUUGUUUUUGUCUUGGUUAAGAUAAUUGUUUUAAUACUUGUUUAGAACACAAUUUCAGAAGAAUUCAGAGAUGGAAUGCUAAGAUUCUGCCUAGAAGGUGUCCCUUUCUCUUCAUUGAAAUGGACACUGAGGUACUGAUGCAAGGGUAGACACAGCAUGUCAGUAAAGGGAAAACUCUCUUUAUAUGUAGGUCUCUGGAUCAGGCUAUUUGAAUGCACAUUAUUUUGUAGAAAUAAUGUUAAAAAAAUCUUCUCAAUUCCAAGAAAGAAAAUCUCUGCUACUACUACAAACCACUACUACUUAUAAAAUUGUUUACCCCAUCAGUGAAAUGAAAGUCUAGGCAACAUGCAGAACCUUAUUUAAGAUGCCAUUUUAUCAAUAUAAACUUAAGUCACUUUGUGGAAUUUUGCUGUGACAUAUUGAACACUUGUUCAACAGAAACAAAAAUACGGUAGGGAAUAUUGAUCGCCUCUGUUAAAUACAGCCCUUUAGAUCAAUCCUUUUACCUAGGGCAAUUUUGCUUCUUGGAUUCUAUGAAUCAUUUAGAACUGAAAACAAUGAAGGGCCCAAACACUGACCUACCUGAAUUUGUAUGAUGAGCAAGCUCACCAAUAGGAUGGAAAUAUGGCAUCUUCAUGUUCAGCCACACUUUUAAUUUUUCUGAAAUCACCCUAUGUCCUGAAAUGAGUCUGGUAUGUGAGAUUAGCACUGUUCUAAUAUACUGGCUGUGUGCAUGGAAGAACAUGUUAAUAAUUUUAAUAAAUACAUUUUGUGUACUUAAAA